AGCCGACAAUAAUAUCGCCCAACUGUAAACACAGGUAAACACGUCAUUUUUAGUUUAUUUACCUACAAAUGCCGGCUGCCUGUAAUGACAGGAGUCAUUGUAUAUUUAUAUUGUGAUUGGAAGAACGAUGUUCACAGCAUCAUAAUUUAUAGAUGAAAAACUAUAAAAAUGUCUGAAUAUUUCUACGAUGUAUACGACGACGAAAACGAAGGUUUUUAUGACACAUAUGAUGACAAAAGUGAUUGGUUUAUUCGUAACUAUAAAACAGCCGAUUGGAGAGAUGUGUAUAAAAGCUGUAUUAUUCCUUCGUGCUUCCAGAUAAUAAAUUAUAUUGCACCGUUUGUGGCAAUGAAUAUUUUUCUGUGUAUCGGCAACAAACUUCAAGCACGUUACUUACCAUCACUUUAUAAUAUAACACAUUCUCUCAGUUUUGGCUGUGGCUUAUUUUUAAUAUACAACACGCUAGACCAUGGUCAUUUAUAUCUAGGACAGUUUUUUAUAUCUGUAUAUUUACUGAUCAAACUUUCAUUUAUUGACCAAAAGCGUAUAAGGUUUGAUUUACUGAUAAGCAUUUAUUCAAUACUUUACUUAAUUAUAUGCGAGCUCUUGGAAAGAGAUCCCAAAAUUUGGCACCAUAUACGAGGUGUCUUGAUGAUUGCAGUGAUGAAAUCUAUCUCUCUCGCCAUGGAUACAAAAGCUGAUAGAUCACUGAGGGACAGGAUUUCUAUAAUCUCCUAUCUUGGCUAUAUCUGUUGUCCAGCAAACUGUAUUUUCGGACCAUGGAUAUCAUUUAAUGAGUACCUGAAUAAUAUAACCAGAUCUAAGGCUAGGCUUAAAUUGAAUCUCAAAUACUUUAUCCAGAUAGUACUGAACCUUGCACUGUCUGUUUUAUGCUUAUUGGUUUCCAACUGUGGUGAUAGCAUGUUUAGCACUGAGCAUUUAUGGAAAUGGAUAGUCGCUUAUGGCGCUGCGUUAUCAUUCCGGAUGAGUCACUAUUUUGUAUCGUUUUUGUCACAAACAACAAUGGUAUCUGCAGGAUUCGCAGGCACCAUAGAUGAUACAUUGGCAAAACCAUUGCCUAACAAACAAGCACAAUAUAUUGGAUAUACAGUCGUACGGCCGUGGAGAAUAGAAUUUCCAAGGUCACUUGUACAUGUCGUAGUUGCGUGGAAUUUUCCAAUGCAUAAUUUCCUAAAACAAUAUAUCUUUCGAGCCAUAAAACCGCAUGGGACAUUCGCCGCUGUUUUCCUAACAUAUGUGACGUCAUCGUUACUUCAUGGAUUAAAUUUCCAACUGUGGGCCACUCUGCUGACAAUAGGUGUGUGGAGCUAUGUGGAGUACAACAUAAGAAACAAACUCGCACAUAUAUUUUCAUCCUGCGUUUCAGUGAACAAAUGUUUGAUACCAUGUACGAAGCACCAAUUAGGGCAUAAAAAAGUCUUGACAAUUUUUAUUAAUUCAAUAUUUACUUUACUAUGUGUCAUAAACCUCACAUAUUUAGGAGCUAUCUUUGAUUCAAACUCUCAAUUGCAAACAGAAGGUUAUUCAUUUAACCAUACGUUAGAUAAAUGGAAUAGGCUUGACUAUAUGUCACAUUGGCUACUGCUGUUAGGAUACUUUUUUAACUGGCUUAUUUGAUAAAAAUGAUAACUUCACUGUCAGUAUUAAACUUUGUGAUAAAAAUAGAGAGAAACUAAAUAUAUCUGAAUAAACGAAA